AUGCAGACGCCCCAGACUGUGAUGAGUAUUAGUGAAUGUGCUGACAAGGCUGGUAAGGAUGAUAAUGAUGAGAGUGAUAAUGGUGAUGAUGAAGGUGAAGAUAAUGAGUAUGAUAACAAUGGAGACAAUCACAGUGAUAGUGUUGACAAUGAUAAUGCUAAUUGUGGUGAAGGUGAUGAUGGUGGCAAUAUGAUACUGAAGAUGCUGCUGCUGAUGGUGAUGAUAUACAUGAGGAUGAAGGAUAUGAUUGUGAUGAUAAUGGUAAAGAAAAGAGUAAAAAAAGGUGGUGAUGAUGAUGAAAAGAAUGCUAAGAAUGAUGAUGAUGAUGAUGAUGAUGAAGAUGAUGAUGGUUACACUGAUAAGACUGAAGACAGUGGGAUAGUGAUGAUGAUGGUGAUGAUGAAUGCAAAGCUGCUGAAGACAAUGGUAGUGAUGAAAAUGAUGGUGCUGAAGAUGGUGAUUGUGAUGAUAAUGGUGAUGAUGACGAUUAUGUGGGUAGUAAUGGUGAUGAAGGAGAUGACACUGGAGAUAAGGGUAUUGGCGAAGAGUGUGAAUGAUGACAAUGACAUGUUCAUGAUGAACAUGAUGAUGCUAGUGGUUUUAAUGUUAAUGGUAAUGAGGACUGAAAAUGGUAGUGGUAAUAAUAAAAAUGAUGAUUAUACUGAUGAGUGUGAGCUUGAUGAUAGUGAUUAUUGUGAUGAUAUUUGUGACAACUGCAAUGAUAACAGCAAUGAUUGUGACAGUCAUGGUUAUGAGGAUAGUGCAAGUGAUAAUAUGAUGAUGGGGAUGAUGAAGAUAAAAAAGCUGAUGAUGAUGGAAUAUGGAAAUGGUGAAAGUGAUUAUAAUGGUAAUGAUGAUGUUCAUUAUGCUGGUGAUGAUGGCAAUGAUGGUGAUGAUGAACAUAUUGUAGAUGAUGGUGACAGUGCUGAUAAUUGUGAUGAGAAUGGUGAUGAUGAAGAUGAUGACAGCAGUUAUGAUGGUAAUGUUAAUGGUGAGGAUGAUGGUGAUGAUCAUAUUGAUGAUUAA